UUCAAGGGAGGGCCGAGCGCAGAAACCCCGUAGACUCACAACUGCGCCAUUCUGAAACUGCUGCACGGUCCAAAAUGGCUGGAGCCGAUGGAGACGACUCUCUCUACCCUAUCGCCGUUCUUAUUGAUGAACUGCGAAACGAAGAUGUCCAGCUACGGUUGAACAGCAUCAAAAAGCUGUCCACUAUUGCCCUGGCCCUGGGAGUUGAACGGACCCGGACAGAACUCCUUCCCUUUCUCACAGACACCAUUUACGAUGAGGAUGAGGUGCUUUUGGCCUUGGCUGAGCAGCUUGGCAACUUCACCAUGUUGGUUGGAGGACCUGAGUAUGUCCACUGUCUGCUGCCUCCUCUGGAGAGCUUGGCGACCGUCGAAGAGACGGUAGUCAGAGACAAGGCCGUGGAGUCACUGCGCAAGAUCUCUCAGGAGCACUCUCCAGUUGACCUGGAAGUCCAUUUUGAGCCGUUGGUCAAGCGCCUUGCCAGUGGUGACUGGUUCACCUCUCGCACAUCUGCCUGUGGUCUCUUUAGUGUUUGUUAUCCACGUGUAUCCAGCACUGUCAAGGCAGAGAUCCGCCAGCAUUUUCGCACCUUGUGCUCAGAUGACACUCCCAUGGUUCGUCGUGCUGCUGCAUCCAAACUGGGGGAGUUUGCCAAAGUUUUGGAGCUGGAUUAUGUGAAAAUUGACAUCAUCUCCCUCUUCACCGCUCUAGCUUCCGAUGAACAGGACUCUGUUCGACUGCUAGCUGUAGAAGCUUGUGUCAGCAUCGCAACCCUUCUGCCUCAAGAGGAUUUGGAGACCCUGGUGAUGCCGACCCUUCGUCAGGCUGCCGAGGACAAGUCCUGGAGGGUUCGUUACAUGGUAGCUGACAAAUUUUCAGAGCUCCAGAAAGCCGUGGGACCCGAGAUCACGAAGAAUGACUUGGUUCCAGCUUUCCAGAACCUUCUGAAGGACUGUGAAGCAGAGGUCCGUGCUGCAGCAGCCAACAAAGUCAAAGAAUUCUGCGAGAACCUCCCGGAGGACAGUCGAGAGCAGAUCAUCAUGACUCACAUUUUGCCCUGUGUCAAGGAACUGGUGUCCGACACCAACCAGCACGUGAAGUCGGCCCUGGCCUCCGUCAUCAUGGGUCUUUCCACCAUCCUGGGCAAGGACAACACAAUAGAACACUUGCUGCCUCUCUUCCUGGCGCAGCUCAAGGACGAGUGCCCUGAGGUGCGCCUCAACAUCAUCUCCAACCUGGACUGCGUGAAUGAGGUGAUCGGCAUCCGUCAGCUCUCCCAGUCGCUGCUGCCUGCCAUCGUGGAACUGGCCGAGGACGCCAAGUGGAGGGUCCGCCUGGCCAUCAUCGAGUACAUGCCCCUGUUGGCCGGCCAGCUGGGAGUGGAAUUCUUCGACGAAAAGCUCAACACUCUGUGCAUGGCCUGGCUCAUUGACCACGUGUACGCCAUCCGCGAGGCGGCCACCUGUAACCUGAUGAAGCUGGUGGAGAAGUUUGGAGCGGAGUGGGCUCAGAGCACCAUCGUUCCCAAGGUCCUGGGCAUGGCCAACGACCCCAACUACCUCCACAGGAUGACCACGCUCUUCUGCAUCAACGCCCUGUCCGAGGCCUGUGGCCAAGAGAUCACCACCAAGCAGAUGCUGCCGGUGGUUCUGAAGAUGUCCAACGACCAGGUAGCCAACGUGCGCUUCAACGUGGCCAAGUCCCUGCAGAAGAUCGGGCCGGUCCUGGACAGCAGCGCCCUGCAGGCCGAGGUCAAGCCGGUGCUGGAGAAACUGGCCACCGACACAGACAUGGACGUCAAGUACUUCGCCCAGGAGGCCAUCAGUGUUCUGGCCCUGGCGUAACUCCACCCCACCACCACCACCCGAGGAAACAUCAACAGCCCCAACACUUUUACCAGAUAUUUAUUGAUGUUGAGGAACAACUGGUGACUGUAUAAAUGGCAUUGUUUUGUCGUGUUUCUUUUAUGUUUCACGCGGUAGUUUGAGUCCAGGCUUCUCUGGUGACCUCUGACCCCUCCCCCUCUCUUCUGCUGUAAAUGGAGCUUCAACUCGGCAGCGUUGUGUGUUGCAUGUGCUGACUCACGUGCGGCGGAUCCACGCAGAAACCCCCCGAAACUCACAUUCCGCCUUUGUUUUUUUUUGUUCUGUCCUGGUGGCCGACGCUUCCAGGGCUCGAUUCCCAGCUGGAAACAACAACAGUCUUUAGCUGCAUGUCAUGGCAGGUUCAAGCCCGAGCUGCGCAGUGGCAGGGACCAGUUCUGCUGCGACUCUAGUGCCAACCGCUCGCCCCGGUUCCUCCUCCUGCUCCUGCUGCUGCUGCCUCGUGUUCCCCACCUGCUCUGCUGCAGAGUUCCAUGAUGAUGGUGCGGGUGAAUCAGUUGGAUUUUCUCUUUGAACUCAAGAGUCUUUGUCCCUUUUUUCUCUCCAAUAAACCUUAAAUGUCU